AUGGUGAAAUCACAAGUUGAAACCGUCUUAGGAGCUAUAGACGCCAAAGACUUGGGUAUAACUUUGCCUCAUGAACAUCUAGUUAUGGACGCGAGUUACUAUUCUACACCUCCAGCAACUGACGAAGAAAGGGAGAGAUACACCGCUCCUAUUACGAUGCAAAACCUCAACUGGUUACGACAUAAUCUUUAUAAAAGUAAAGUGAAUGUCAGCAUGUACAAUGAGCAAGAAGCAGUGAUCGCAGAUCUAAAGAUUUUCAAGCUUACUGGCGGAAUGACCGUAGUAGAAAAUACUGUGAUCGGAAUAAAUCGAGAUGUUGCCAAAAUGGUGAAUAUAUCGAAAUCGUCUGGGGUACAUAUAGUCUGUGGUACCGGGUAUUUUGUCGAUGAAACAAUUCCACGAGAGGUUAAGUCGGCGUCGGUUGAAAAAAUCACUGAAGUACGUUGA